ACUAACAAAUCAACAAUCGUGUUUGUGUUUCUGUGAAACUCCGCCUCCUCUUUCUCUCAAACCCCAAAUCUCUCUACCUCUCCAUCACCAAGUCGUCACCCCUCCAGCGGCCAGCUCCGGCCUGACGCCCCUCCACGCCGUCAGAGAGAGAGAGCUCCCCGCCCGUCGCCCCUCAGUCCUCACGCUUCACGCCGUCGCCCCCCACAACUUCACGCCUACGUCUUCACGGCUCCAGCUCCAGGAAUGGCUGGGAAAGCAGUAAAAUCUGUUGCAAAAGCAGUUGGAGAAUACCAGUUCCCAUGGAGAGAGAAGUUGACAAACUACAGAGAUGAGCUGUCAAAGGGUGUGUGGGGUUACUGGGAGCUUGGUGCUUGGAAGCCUCUAGCUAUCAGUGCACGCCGCCGAGCUCGGAUCCGCAAAGAGGUCCUCCUUGCUGGAGGUGAUUGGGAAUUUGAUCCGGAAAGGAAGGAGAUGAAGACGAAGAGGAAAGGGCACAAGGUUGAUAGGUUGGCUGCUGAGAAGCGAGCCAAUACUGCUCGACUGAUGGAAGAGAUGCCCAAGAUGUUGGAUGAUUACAAGAAGAGAAGGUGGGAGAAGAAGAUGAAAGCAGAAGAGGAUGCUGCUAAGAAGGCGUUGAACGAGUAGCUAAAAGCUUAUUAGCCCUUUCGAUUCAUGGUAUUAAAAGCUGGAUUCCUUCUUGUUCGGUUUCACCUUGAUGCUUUGUUAAUGAUGCCUUGUUGAGCUCUUAGGUCGUGCUUUUUAGAUAUUUGUUUCCUCUUCGGCCUCUGCUAAAACUGAGAUGCUGAUGAAUUGUUAUGUCAUAUGCGAAAAAGGCGUUGAACUAGUAGCUAACAGCUCCCGCCCUUUCAUUUCAUGUUAUUAAAAACUGGAUUCCUUCUUGUUCAGUAUCUUCUUGAAAUUCAUGAUUGCUUUGUCAGUUA